UUGAAUAAAAUAAAAAAUCAUGCUACAUUUAUAUAGACAUAUGAGAAACACGCAUCCAAUUUGAACAUUUAUUUGAAAUAAUAUUCAAAAUGGCGGACAUCAAAAUAAGUGUAAAAUCAGUAUCAUUUUAAAGGAUAAAAAGUGUAUUAAAUAAAUAAAAUUGGAUAAAAACAGCUGUAUGUUGAUUCUAUCGACAAUGUUGGUAGCAUCAGUCGAAUGUAAUGUACCGUCAUGGCGACGUUACCGCCACGGAAAAAUCCAACUCCGACGAAAAUUUCAAAACAACACUUGACCCCAUUGCAAACGCUAUUGCAGAUGGGUUUUCCUAAACACCGAGCGGAAAAAGCAUUGGCUGCUACAGGACAUCGAGGUGUUCAAUUGGCAUCUGAUUGGAUAGUGGCUCAUGUUGCAGACCCAACUUUGAACUGCGAUACACAAAGGGAAUAUGUUCUAUACGUGUGUCCAACAGGUGCAUUGGCUGAGCAGCUCAAGAGAUUUUGGUCUGAAAGCAAAGAGUUAAUGUGGAAUAGAGCACACAAUUAUAUGCCACAUAUUACACUUGUGUCAUUUUUCAAAGCUCCAGAUGAAUCAACCGAAGAAUUGGUGAAUGCCCUUGAAAAUAUAGUUAAUCAGGAUGAAUUAACCAAUCAUAUUGAACUGGAGACUUAUAUUUCUCCAAACUUUAUAGGUCUCUUUGUGAAAGACUUCAAUGCAGCAUGGUUGGAGAACAUUGCUCUUCGAUAUGUAAAUAAACUAAGUAGUAUGGGCAUUUCUGCAAAGCCCAGAGUGAAGUCAUUCCAUUUGACUUUGAUUUAUCAGUUCCCCAGCAACCUGUACCAAGAACUUCGUUCAAUGGUAGGGAAGCUAACGCUAACUUCAUCAGCCAAUUGGGAACUUAGAUUGUAUUCUAGAGACUCGAGGCUACAAAAUGCACAUGUGCAUCAAGUGACACAUGGCUAUAUGCCCAGAGAAUACAAUGAAUUAGAAUUAAGAGUGGGAGACUACAUAUACAUCCCAGAAGGAGCAUGUAGUUUGUCCACGGACGGUCGGGUUGAAGGCAUCUCUUGGUUAACUGGUAUGUCGGGUCAUCUGCCUUUAAAUCAUACAAAACGAACAGCACAGUCAGAUUCAUGGACCUUGCAUACUACCAUACAAUUCACUGAUAAUAAAAGUGAAACUGUAGAGAAAGAUGAUAUACCUUUAACACGAAAACCACCAGUAUUGUUAGCAAAUGAUUCUACAGAUUGUCCUGAUGGACUACCAGCAGCUACUGAACCACUCGAAGCCUCUGAAGCAGUUUCGCCUUCUGCAAGACAAAUUUUUAUUUGUCGCCAUGGAGAAAGAGUAGACUUUACAUUUGGAGCAUGGAUUCCUUACUGUUUUGAAUCAAAUGGCUCUUACGUUCGGAGGGAUUUAAACAUGCCAAAGGAAAUUCCAUUGAGAAAUAUACAAGACUUCCAAAACGAUAGUCCUUUAACAACUGUAGGUGAAAUGCAAGCAAGCUUGAUAGGAGAAGCAAUGAAAUCUUCUAGUAUUAAAAUAGAUGUAGUCUUUACGUCUCCAUCGUUGAGGUGUAUACAAACAUUGGCACAUAUUUUGAAAGGGUUCGAUUCAAAUAUUCCAAUGAAAAUAGAGCCAGGUCUGAUAGAAUGGUUGGCAUGGUAUCCAAAUGGUAUACCUGUUUGGAUGACGUCUGACGAGUUGAUAAAGGCAGGCUUUAAUAUAGAUAAGAGUUACGAACCAGUUAUUAAAGCAAAAGAGCUUCCAUUGAAAGAGAAUGCAGCACAGUAUUACGAAAGAAGUUACGAGUUAAUUAAACGAAUUAUUGAAAGUACUGUAGGAAAUAUAUUAAUAGUAGCUCAUGCAGCUUCAUUAGCAGCUUGUACUAGACAAUUAACAGGUGGUAGAGUACCACCAGCUGCUGAAGUUACUAAAUUAGUACAAAGAGUACCAUAUUUAGCAUGCCUAACAGCUCGUGAAGGGUUGGAUGGUUGGCAAAUUCAUCCGCCACCGUUUCCACCUAUCACACAUACUAGUAAUACUAGAUUUGACUGGAAAGUACUAUUGUGAAAAUAUGAAUAUUAUUUUAAGUUUUGCAACCCAAUAAGUUUUCUUUUAACUUUUUAAUUUAUACAAAAUAUUUUAAAAGAGAUGACGAGUAUUUAUGAUAUAACUUUUUGGGUUGGGUUAUUUAUAAUCUACAACAAAUUGAAAACGAUAAGUUGUUGUUCACAGUUACAUACAGUUAGUUUCAAUAUGGAAAUGAUACGGGUAUUGGCAUUCGAAUC